AUGAUGACUUUCAACGUCUUCCUUACCAGCCUUCUCGCUGCCACCGCUGCGGCCCUCCCUCACUCUGCCCGAUCCGGCCAAUCCGGUACCGUUGAGACCCGCGAUUCUAACGGCGGAGGUGGUCUUCAGAUCGUCAACAACAUGGGCACCGACCUCUAUGUCUGGACCAUCACCGACAACCCAGGCGAGAUGAAGACCCUCAGCGCCGGAGGUGACUUCAGUGAGAAGUGGAUCACCAACGACAACGGUGGUGGUGUCUCCAUCAAGAUCUCUGCCAGCGAAGACCGGGACAGCGUUCUUCAGUUCGAAUAUACCCAGGAUACUGAUACUCUCUACUGGGAUAUGUCCUCCAUCGAUCUUGACGAGACUUCCCCAUUCGUCAAGUCGGGCUUCACCGUGCAGCCCAGUGACACAAGCUGCCGUACCGUCUCUUGUGCCCCUGGUGACGUGAACUGCAAGGAUGCUUACCAGCUCCCCGAUGACGUGAACACCUACUCUUGCUCAUUGAGCUCCGGUUUCACUCUCACUCUGGGAUAG